AGAUCGAAUCCGAACCAAGCUGUCCUCUUAAAAGAGUAAAAAACCAAUAGCGUGCUAAAUCCGGCGGGAUUCUUCGCUUUUUAUACAUCAUUUCUAGUUUAAAGCAAAUAGAAGGAACUUGCGAAUUCCUCCCAAACAAGCCAAAUUCCUGGUUUUUCUUUAGAAAAAGAUGGGGUUGAAGAUUGUUGAUGCUACAGUUUCAAGUUUCAAUGAGGUAUUCAGCAAGUUUAAGGAAGAAGCAGCAAAUAACAAAGCUAGUUUCAUCCUGUUCUUAGCUGAUAAAGAUCCUUCUACUAAUCUCAGUUGGUGUCCUGAUUGUGUGAGAGCUGAACCCAUGAUAUACAAGAAGUUGGAAGCAUCGGGAGAUGAUGUGGCUCUUUUACGAGCUUAUGUGGGGGAUCGACCCACUUGGAGGAAUCCCCUACACCCUUGGAGGGUAGACUCGACGUUUCAGCUCAAGGGUGUUCCGACACUUAUUCGCUGGGAAAAUGAUGCAGUUGCUGCUCGUCUUGAAGACCAUGAAGCCCACAUUGAUUCAAAGAUCAGUGCUCUUCUUGCUGAAUCCAAAUAAAACUUCAAAUACUUUUUUGAUGUUUAGAUGCUAUAGUUUUUAUCAGAUACCCACUCAUUCUGGGGAACAAAAAUAAAUUUACUGUUGAGUUUGUGCCUGACUGAGGUGAAUCUCAAAGCUGAAAUAAUAUGAAUUCGAGGUUCAUGACUUCGAAUCUUGCA